CGGCGAGGUCCUCGGGAUCCGACUGUGGAUGGGUCCGGACUAUGGGGCAGCCCUGGGCGGCUGGGCGAGCCGAGGGGGCUCCCGCGCGGCUGCCGCUCGUGCUCACCGGAUUAUGGGCCGCCGCCGUGGGCCUGGAGCUGGCCUACGUGCUGGUGCUAGGUCCCGGGCCGCCCCCGCUAGACCCCCUGGCCCGGGCCUUGCAGCUCGCGUUGGCUGCUUUCCAGCUGCUUAACCUUGCGGGCAACUUGGGGCUCUUCCUGCGCUCGGACCCCAGCAUCCGGGGCGUGAUGCUGGCCGGCCGCGGCCUGGGCCAGGGCUGGGCUUACUGCUACCAGUGCCAAAGCCAGGUGCCACCGCGCAGUGGCCAUUGCUCUGCCUGUCGUGUCUGCAUCCUGCGUCGGGACCAUCACUGCCGUCUGCUGGGCCGCUGUGUGGGCUUCCGGAACUACCGGCCCUUCCUGUGCCUGCUGCUCCAUGCUGGGGGUGUCCUGCUCCACGUCUCGGUGCUUCUGGGUCCUGCCCUGUCAGCCCUGCUGCGGGCUCACUCAGCCCUCCACACUGCUGCCCUCCUGCUGCUGCCCUGGCUCAUGUUGCUCACAGGCAGAGUAACUCUGGCUCAGUUUGCCCUGGCCUUCGUGGUGGACACGUGCGUGGCAGGUGCACUGCUCUGUGGGGCUGGGCUGCUCUUCCACGGGAUGCUGCUGCUUCGGGGUCAGACCACGUGGGAGUGGGCUCGGGGCCAGCAUUCCUAUGACCUGGGCUUCUGUGGUAACCUGCAAGCAGCCCUAGGGCCCCGCUGGGUCCUCAUUUGGCUCUGGCCCUUCCUGGCCUCCCCAUUGCCUGGGGAUGGGAUCACCUUCCAGACCACAGCUGACGUGAGACUUGCAGCUUCUUGACUCCAGGAGGAGCCAAAACUGCAGGAGGCAGAGGAGAGUGGAGGAGGGGGCGGAUAACUCAUUUCCUGCUCCACCCAGCAGCAGGAGGGAAACCAGCUGGGCCUUGAACACCUGCAGUGGACAGCUCUGAUUCCUUCCUUGGCCUUGCUCCUGCCCGGCUUGGAUGCUUCUGUGUCCAGGGCUCUGGCCUUGUGGCUUUGCCCUUUGGGAAGAGAAGGGUCUAGCAUAGGGGCUGCUCAGCCGGCUUGGCUGCCCCUCUGCCAGGCUAAUAAAGCACCUACCUGGUUCUUGGCCCCACUCCAUC